AUGUCUGCGCCCACGUCCGCGGCGGCACGCGAUGCCGCGGAGCGGGGCGCCUCCAAGCUAGAUACGGUCCUGUACCACUUUUUCGCCAAGACGGUGGCCAUGGUGCAUGAAAGUCGCACCACGCCCUCCGGCUCCGCCGAGAGCCGCGGGCGCCCCAACAAGUGGUUCUCACUCGAGCUCCCCGAAUGUGAGGCGCUGAGGAAUGCACUGCGCCCGUGGCGCACUCUAUCCACAGCGACGUGCCCGCCGUCCCUCGUCGUGGAUGUGUGCUUGCAGACAGCCGACGUCGACGACGCCUACGAGGUGCACGCCCGCACCAGCACUGGCACCCAGCGCCUGGGCUCGAACGAAAUCGUCUUGGAGCGCUGGCGCUUGGACCUGCAGUUGCAGGAUGCACACCAUGAAGAGCGCCUCCCAGCCGUGUACAAGCAGGCCGUCGUGCACUUCCGCACUCUCUUCUCUAUGGCGCGGCUCCUGCCUGCUGGCCGCCUCGCUCAUCGCCUCCGCGCGGCGCGUGGCGCAAGCGCCCAGCUCGCCCUCCAGGUCCAGGUACGCACCGAGCCGCCCCCUCUCGCGAUGCCCACGGCGACGUGGGCUAUGGUGCCCAUCCAGACGCCCCUCGGCGCCCUGGCAUUCGGCAUCGACUACUGCGACAUCCACGACAUUGUCCUCGAGAGCCGCAGCGCAAGACUGCCGGCCAACGCCCGCCCCGUCGUGAACCCUGCACCAUCAAGCCUCGGCGCCAGCCCCGAGGCCUCGUCCCCUCUGUUCCAGGCCAUGCUUGCUCCGGACUCCGCCGCACGCCGCCCCCUCGAUAUGGGACGCCCACGCACCAACAGCCUGUCAACGAGCCCCUCCCUCGCUGCUUCGCGAUUCCGGCGAGUGCCACGGCCCACAAGCCUCGGUGGGGCAGCCGCGAGCCCCGGCCCCAGCACCGCGCCGAGUGCGGGGAUGGACGCGCUCAGUUCAUCCGUGCUGUAUGCGGCCGAGCCAGGUGCGCUGCGCACUCUGUUCGCAAGCUCGGCGCGUAGUCGUGCGUCGCCGAGCUCAGCACACUCGGCGCGCACACCACCGAUACACAUGGGCAGCUUUGACACCAUGCUCGGCGCGAGCCCCAUGGGUCGGCCACGCCCCGGCGAAUCGCCACACCGUGACGACGCAGGGACGCGAUCGCGACCACAGCGUAUUGAACGGUAUUCGCGGCAGCUCAGCUACCGCCAGCGCGAGCUGUCGCAGUCGACGGGGCUCACCGACGACGCCGGGCCUGCCCGCAGCUGGUCGCAGCGCUCCGAGCGGCGGCGCCAGACGGACUGGACAGCCGCUACGUCGCCCUUGUACUCGCGCUCACCGGGCGGGGCCAGUCCAGGCCCCUCACGGGUGUUUACGGGCCCAUCGCCGUCACCGGCGUUUGCUCUCCCGCACCCCUCGCUGUCGCCAUCACAGCAAACACCAUCGUCUGCCGACGACGUGCUGGAACUGGUGGCGAUGAUCGAUACACGUGUUCCCCCUGCGGCCGCUGCGCCGGCGCCGGCGCCGGCGGCGCCGGUUGCCCGCGCGCCCGCACCGGAGGCGCGCUUGUCCGAGCACUACUAUGACGAUAUGCUAGCCAAAAUGACCAGCUCGCUCAGACUGCUCGCCACGGACGAGGCCCUAGGUCCACGCGCAACGGACGCGGGCGCCGAAGACGAGGCAGCCGGGCGUAUGGAGUGGUCGCUGAAUAUGUAG